AUCACCUCUCCCCUGCUCCAUCUCCACUCUCUCCUCUGGUGUUCCGCGCGCAGGGAUGGAUGCUCUCAAAGUACGCUGAAGCCAAGAGAGUCCGACCGCACUUUAUUAACGUGUUUGUUUCUGAGACACGUGAAUGGCUCCGCCCCGCCCACUCGAUCCAGGGCUCUUUCUGUCCGGACUGGGAAAUAAGGAAGCGAAACUUAGCAGACGCGUCGCCUGAGCCUUUAACUAUGACACGGUGCCUGGAAGUCGAUCAGGACACUGGCGGUCUGCGGAACAUAUGUUGUACCUACUAAUCGAGCACGAUGCUAGAAGAAGAACAUAUACGAAGACCAAACGCGGUGGAGAUGUUGCAGUCGUACGUCUCCGACACUCUGGACUGCUUCGACACAGUGACCGCAUUCUGUUACACAAACUUCAAAUGGGUGCUCUGGAGGGAGACAGAGCUGGAGCUGAUAAGGGACAUCCAGGAGCGGGCCAGCCGACUGAACCGUGGGUUCCUCCAGGUGUUCAAGUCAACAGAAAAAGGAAAAGCCUUCGGGGAAUACCUUCGCCCCAAGAGUUCAGGCACUAGACGCGAGGAGCUGGAGAAAGAGCUCGCUACUGUGCUGAAAAACACUCGGGAAGGAGUGGAGAAACUCACCUGCUUCCUGGAUGCUGUGGAGAAGCUCGCAGUAACUUCUCUGCAGGUUUUCACGGGCGGAGAAGAGGUGGUGAAGCUGUCUUUGGGGUUCAGCCUGGAGAGUGUGAAGGCCAUGAUCUUAGCUGCCCGACUGGUCUGUCCUCUCCUCCUGCACUUCAAGAGAGAUGCUGAGGUCUUCUUCACGCCCAGCCUCCACAACGUGGCCGUCUUUGCGGCUGAGUUAGACAAAUACGUCCGCACCACUGAGAAUAUCUGUAAAACGAUUGGCGCAAGCUUUACUGUCGGCUUCGGGCACAAAAGACGCCGCCAGCCUUUGGUUGAGUUUGCGGAGGAUCUCACGGAGGAGGACCUGCAGAACACCCUGGCCCACGUCGAAGCCCUCUCCAGUCUCAGGAGGGACCAGGACUUCAGACUGGUGUUCUUAUUCCAGGAGGAGUCAGUCUCCAGCUUCGUAGACCAGUUCAGCGAGUGCCUUCCCAGAAUGCUCGAGUUCCUCGAUGAGAUGGAGGGCUGUGCCGUCCAGCUGGACCGGAUGAGCAUGGGCUCCAAGAUCUCCACUGUGGCUGGGAGCUCAGUGGGGGCCGUGGGGGGGAUUCUGGCCAUCGUGGGUCUGGCUCUAGUCCCGGUGACAGCUGGGGUGUCUCUGGGUCUGACCAUGGGGGGGGUGGGUAUGGGGGUCACCAGUGCGGUAAACAGUGCAGUCACCACAGUAACGGAGAUGGCGGUCAAUAAAACCCAUCAAACGAAAGCCAACAAAGGCUUCCAGAGCUUCAUGGAGGAUGUGGAGAGAAUCCAGGUGUGCCUGGAUGAGGUGACCAAUCAGAGGGAAGAGGUGUUAGGAGAGGAUUACGUUCAUGCGUUAAAGGGAGGAGCCAAGGUUGUCAGAAAUGUAAGUACAAUUGGCAAAGGCAUAGAUGUCCUUGUGGACGGCCUUGAUGACGUAGGGAUGGCAGCGGCCCGUGGGCCAGCCGCCCUCUCCAAGGCCGCCAGGGCUGGGUUCAUCACCCUCAACGCUGUGUUCCUUGGUUUGGACAUCUUCCUCAUCUGCAAGGACAGCAUCAGUUUGGCCAAAGGGGACAAGAGCGCCAUCUCCCAGUUCAUCAGAGCCAGGGCUGCCCUCCUGCGCUCGAUGCUCGACGCGUGGCAGACGAUGCACAAGGCCCUGCUCCGUGGGCUGCUGGAGUCCAAACGGUGCCGCAGUUUACUGGAGCAGCCUUUGAAUCCGCUGACGGAGGCCACGGAGGUCGACGCAGGAGUUGUCGGUGUGGUGAGCACAUGAUGAGAAGACGUGGGUCCAUGUUGACGUUUGGCCGUCGGUCUUCUUGUACGUUUGGUAACUUGUAAGCCGACAGGAUCUUCUUCAGUGUCUCUUCGGAGGAGUCCCAUGUGAGCAGGCAGCAUGGCUGCCCUCAGGGUGUGUUCAUGUUGGUCCUCAUACGACACACCAAGUUAGAUAAAUAGAUAGAUAAACCUCAACACACGGGUGUGUGUGCAGGUUGCACACAUAUCCUGAGUUAUUGCAUUCUGCAGAUGUUUAGAACGAAAAUUAAUUUUCUGGCACCAGACGCAAUAUUAUCAAUUGUUUAAAAUGUGCGUGUAUUCUGUUUGUGGUUUUAUGAUUCAAUGUUUAAUCUGCCAAACUAAACCUUCCUUUAAUGUUUGUGUAUUCUUUAAUGUGACAGCUCACUCAUUAAAGGCUUCUUCAUUGCCAACCUG